AAAGCGCAUGCUUGUUUCUGCUGGACUGGAAGCUAGCUGCUGCUUGUCUGCGCGUCAAUACUGUGGUUCAGAGUUCGUGCGCGCUGUUAAGUGAGUUUAUUUAUCAGUUGCUUUCGCCCAAUUCAUGUGUCGGUGAAUUCGAAUAUAGGAUAUAGUUUCUGUUACGGUCAUCAGGAGGCAGCAUAAAACUAACCUAAGUUGUUAUUGUAUCAGUUGUACAGGCAAAAUUGUGAGUGUCCUUUUUUGUGUGUGAUCAAUUGGAAGACUUUUCUCUACUGUAUUUUUACGCUGCGAGUGUAGAUUGCCAAGUUUGCUUCUCUACCGUAUUAUUUUGUUCGUUGACGUGGUAUCAUUCGCGUUUCAGGUUGGAAGUGUUAUUAAACUUGAGACAGAAGUGUUCACACCCCGUCUCUGAAAACGCAGACAGGAAGGACACGCAAGGUCCUAAUGUCCCACGAGCCCUGGUCGUUGCCGCCAAAAGAUGGCUUGUACGACCCCGUCAACGAACGAGACGCGUGUGGCGUUGGAUUCAUCGUGGCGAUUGACGGACGGCGAUCUCACAAGAUCGUCCGAGACGCCGAGAAACUGGCGAUGCGGAUGAACCACCGCGGGGCCUGCGCCUGUGACAACGACACCGGAGAUGGCGCCGGGGUGCUCACGGCAAUCCCGCACGCUUUUUAUGCCCAGGAACUGAGGGACCAGCAGAGCGUGGACUUGCCUCCUUUCGGGCGCUACGCCACGGGGAUCGUGUUCCUGGACAAGACGCACCACCAGGACAGCGAGGCCGCCUUCGCCCUGCUCGCAGAGGAAUGCCAGCUGCAGGUGCUCUGCUGGCGCACGGUUCCGACGGACAGCGCCGGAAUCGGGGACGUGGCCCGGAACAGCGAGCCCUUCAUGAGACAGGUGUUCGUGACGGGAGACCAGGACGACGAGACGCUGAAACGUCAGGUAUUCGUUCUCCGCAAGAGAGCCACCCAUCAGAUUCCGCGGCCUGGGACACGGUUUUACGUGUGUUCUUUGUCGCUGUACGUUGUGGUGUACAAGGGACAGUUCACGUCGGAUCAGCUCUGGACUUACUUCAAAGAUUUGAAGUCGCCUAAUUACGACACUUACUUGGCGCUGGUGCACACCCGAUUCUCAACUAACACGUUCCCUAGCUGGGAGAGAGCGCAUCCUUUACGGUGCGUGGCUCACAACGGAGAAAUCAACACACUUAGGGGCAAUGUGAACCUCAUGAAGGCACGUGAAGGCGUCAUGAAAAGCUCUGCGUUUGGUAGCGACCUGAAGAAGCUGUAUCCCGUCGUAGAACCCAACCUGUCCGAUUCGGGAGCCGUCGAUUGCGUGCUGGAAUUCCUCGUCAUGGCUGGAAAUCGACCGAUGCCCGAAGCCGUGAUGACUAUGGUACCUGAGGCGUGGCAGAAUGAUCGGACGAUGCCCGCUGACAAGAGGGACUUCUAUCACUGGUCUGCCUGCGCGAUGGAGCCGUGGGAUGGACCCGCACUACUCACGUUUACGGACGGACGUUAUGUCGGUGCCAUUCUGGACAGGAAUGGUUUGCGUCCUUCACGUUUCUACGUGAUGAAGGACAACGUGAUGGUCAUGGCAUCAGAGGUCGGAGUCUAUGAUACGGAUCCCAGCAACGUUCUUCUCAAGAGCCGGUUGAAACCUGGAAGGAUGUUACUCGUUGAUACAAAGGAGAGGACGAUGAUCCAAGACGUAGAAGUGAAGAAAAGAAUCGCCGCAAGUCGCCCACACACACUCUGGCUCAAAGAGCAGGGGAUUCUGAUGGCUGAUCUUCGCGCAGAGCACGAAGGUAUCAAGAAGAACGCAGUUGUGACCAAUGGAAACGUUGAAGAAGUUGUUGAUACUGUGGACACAGGGAGUGUGUAUGGCAUUACUGAUGAAGGUCUUGCAAAAGUGUGGGAUGGAGACAGAAGGCUGUCACUGUUUAGUUACACCAUUGAGACGAUCAGCUUCCUGUUACUGCCGAUGAUGCAAACGAAGAAGGAAGCUCUUGGGUCGAUGGGUAACGACGCUCCACUGGCUUGCCUCUCGUCAUUUCACCCGCUGCCAUAUGAUUACUUUAAACAGCUGUUUGCGCAGGUGACGAACCCGCCCAUCGAUCCAUUCCGAGAGAAGGUCGUGAUGUCGUUGAAGUGUCCCAUCGGGCCCGAAGCCAAUUUGCUGGAGCCGAGUGAAAAGCAGUGCCACCGUCUGUUACUGCCCCACCCCAUUCUGUCGCUGUACGACCUGGAGGUCAUCAAAGCGACCAGGCAUCGAGGAUGGAAAACAAAAGUGAUAGAUAUCACAUUUGAUACAGAGGAAGGACCGAAAGUUCUAGCAAAGGCUCUGGACAGGAUCUGUGAGGAGGCGUGCAAGGCUGCGCAAGACAACUACCAGUUCAUUGUUCUGUCUGAUAGAAAGGCUGGAGCUAGCAGGAUCCCUGUGAGCGUACUUCUUGCCCUGGGCGCCACACACCACUACCUCAUCGAGGAGCGGCAAAGGAUGAAAGUGGGACUCAUUCUGGAGACAGCUGAAGCCAGAGAGGUGCAUCACAUGUGCGUAUUGCUGGGAUAUGGAGCAGAUGCUGUCUGUCCGUAUCUGGUAUUUGAAAUAUCUCAAGCCCUCCGGAAAGAAGGAGUCCUCGAUUCUUCAUUGACAGACGACGUAUUAUACAGAAAUUAUUCAGAUGCCAUGGAGCGAGGAAUUGCCAAGGUGAUGGCCAAGAUGGGUAUUUCAACCUUGCAGUCCUACAAAGGAGCCCAGAUCUUCGAGGCGGUCGGUCUUGCAGACGAAGUUAUAGAAAAGUGUUUCAGAGGAACACAUUCUCGCAUUGGAGGUGUCACAUUUGAGAUACUUGCUAAGGAAGCGUUCGAACGGCACUACCUUUCCUACGGUGAUCAUACUUGUGACAUGCUUGUGUUGAGGAACCCAGGCCUCUACCACUGGCGAAGUGGUGGGGAGAAGCACAUCAAUGAUCCACUCAGCAUUGCCAAUCUACAAGAAGCAGCUGUAAACAAAAGUAGCAAUGCCUAUGACCGCUUCCGUGAAUCAACAAUGGAAUGUGUCAAGUCUUGUGCUUUACGAGGACAGCUGGAACUGGUUACAUCAGAUAAUCCUAUUGACGUCAGCCUGGUAGAACCAGCAUCUGAGAUAGUCAAGAGGUUUGCUACAGGUGCUAUGAGUUUUGGAAGCAUAUCGUUAGAGGCGCACACGACUCUGGCUCUGGCCAUGAAUAAAGUUGGAGGAAAAUCCAAUACGGGAGAAGGAGGUGAAGAUGCUGACAGGUACCUUGACCAAGACCCAGAACACAACAAGCGCUCUGCCAUCAAGCAGGUUGCCAGUGGUCGCUUUGGAGUGACCAGCUCAUAUCUGGCUCAUGCAGAUGACCUGCAGAUCAAGAUGGCACAAGGAGCCAAGCCUGGAGAGGGGGGCGAGCUUCCUGGACAUAAAGUAACCAAGGAAAUAGCAACCACGCGACACUCCGUGCCAGGGGUCGGCCUCAUCUCACCUCCUCCACAUCACGAUAUUUAUUCCAUUGAAGACUUAGCAGAACUGAUCUAUGAUCUGAAAUGUGCCAACCCUAAUGCCAGGAUAUCAGUUAAGUUGGUGUCAGAAGUUGGAGUUGGCGUAGUAGCAUCAGGAGUUGCCAAGGGAAAGGCAGAGCACAUUGUGAUCUCAGGACAUGAUGGUGGUACUGGAGCAAGCUCAUGGACGGGCAUCAAGAACGCAGGCUUGCCGUGGGAGCUCGGUGUUGCCGAAACACACCAGGUGCUUGUACUGAACAAUCUUCGUUCAAGGGUUGUGCUCCAGGCUGAUGGACAAAUACGAACAGGUUUUGAUGUUUUGGUGGCUGCACUGCUGGGAGCAGAUGAGUUUGGCUUCAGCACAGCCCCUCUGAUUGUUAUGGGUUGCACCAUGAUGCGCAAGUGCCAUCUCAAUACGUGUCCUGUUGGUAUUGCCACCCAGGAUCCUGUCCUCAGGAAGAAAUUUGAGGGAAAACCUGAACAUGUGAUCAACUAUCUCUUCAUGUUGGCAGAGGAGAUUCGAGGCCACAUGGCAAGUCUAGGUGUCCGAAAAUUCCAAGACCUGGUCGGACGCACGGAUCUUUUGAGAGUGGGUGAUACUGGUAAUCCAAAAGCCAAAACACUGAACUUCAGCCUCAUCCUGAAGAACGCACUGCAUAUGCGACCUGGAGUUAACAUUGUUGGGGGUUCCCAGAGGCAGGACUUCCAGCUGGAGAAGAGGCUGGACAAUGAGCUGAUAGAAGCAGCUGCCCCAGUUUUGCAGGGAGUGAAAUCUAGGGUCGAUAUUGUGAUGAAAAUAUCCAACGAAGACCGUGCAUUUGCUUCAACCCUUAGUUAUCAUAUUUCCAUGAGACGUGGUGAUGCCGGAUUGCCAGACCGCAGCAUCAAUGUGAGGCUUACAGGAUCUGCUGGGCAGAGCUUCUGUGCCUUCAUGACAAAGGGAAUUCAUGUCACCCUGGAAGGAGAUGCUAAUGAUUACGUGGGAAAGGGAUUGUCUGGUGGUGAAGUCAUCAUUUAUCCUCCAAGGGAUUCCUCUCCAGACUUCAAGUCAGAACUCAAUGUAAUUGUUGGCAAUGUGUGCUUAUAUGGCGCUACAAGUGGAAAGGCGUUCUUCAGAGGUAUCGCGGCUGAGAGGUUCUCUGUGCGGAACUCAGGAGCGGUGGCUGUCGUAGAGGGUGUGGGUGACCAUGGUUGUGAGUAUAUGACUGGUGGCUGUGCUGUGAUUUUAGGCUUGACAGGUCGCAACUUUGCGGCUGGUAUGUCUGGCGGCAUUGCCUAUAUUCUGGAUGUAGACGAUUCCUUCAGAAGCAAAUGCAACAUGGAGAUGGUAGAAUUGUUCCCACUUGAACUGGAGGAAGAUCUUAAUUAUGUGAAGAGUCUGUUGAAAGAGUUCCAAGAGAAAACUGGAUCUCUUAUUGCUGAGGAUUUAUUGAGAACGUGGCCUGCACCUGCUUCCAGAUUUGUCAAGGUGUUCCCACGUGAAUACCAGCGUGCGUUGCGGCAGUUGGCUGAGGAAGGGGCUCAACAGGCGGUGCAGCAGGCUGUCAACGGGAAACUGAACGAGUCCAAAGUCAGAGAUAUCGAAGAGUCGGUGUUGGACGGAGUAUUUGAAAAGAAGCGGCUUGAUAAGAUUCUUGAUAAAACAAGGGGUUUUAUUAAGUACAAGCGAGAGACAGGGAUGUAUCGCCUUGCAGAGAAGAGACUGAAAGAUUGGGAAGAAAUCUAUAAUUUUGGGCACGUCCGCAAGGGACUGCGGGUACAAGCAGCACGGUGUAUGGAAUGCGGUGUUCCGUUUUGCCAGAGCUCUCAUGGCUGUCCUCUUGGCAACAUCAUCCCAAAGUGGAACGAUCUUGUGUUCCACAACAGUUGGAAAGAAGCUCUGAAUCAACUGUUGCAGACAAACAACUUCCCAGAGUUUACCGGGAGGGUUUGUCCUGCGCCAUGCGAAGGCGCAUGUGUGUUAGGAAUCAGUGAACCACCAGUGACCAUCAAGAACAUUGAGUGUGCCAUCAUUGAUCAUGCAUUUGAACAAGGCUGGAUUAAUCCAGAACUGCCUGUUCUUAGGACAGAGAAGAAGGUGGCAGUUGUUGGAUCUGGACCAUCAGGCUUGGCAGCCGCUCACCAGCUAAACAAGGCUGGGCACUUGGUGACUGUGUUUGAGCGGAAUGAUCGUGUCGGUGGGUUGCUGCAGUAUGGCAUACCGACUAUGAAGUUGUCCAAGGAAGUUGUCCAGAGAAGAGUUUCGCUUUUGGCCAAGGAAGGCAUCGAGUUCAAAACGAACAUUAAUGUUGGCAAGGAUAUUUCAGCCAAGGAUCUGUAUGAGGAGUAUGAUGCAUUAUUACUGUGCACUGGAGCCACGUGGCCUCGUGACCUACCUAUUCCUGGAAGACAGCUGGAAGGUAUUCAUUUUGCUAUGACAUUCCUUGAAAGCUGGCAGAAGAAGCAGAUGGGCAAUAUUGUGGAUCAGCCGUAUCUUUUGGCCAAGGAUAAGGAUGUCAUCGUUAUUGGUGGAGGUGACACUGGCUGCGACUGUAUUGCUACGUCUCUUAGACAGGGGGCCAAAUCUAUCACCACGUUUGAGAUCCUUCCAGAACCACCAGGAAAGCGGGCUAGAGACAACCCUUGGCCCCAGUUCCCAAGGGUAUUCAAAGUAGACUAUGGCCAUGAGGAGGUGCAGCUGAAGUUUGGCCGAGAUCCUCGCCAGUUCAGUACACUCAGCAAGGAGUUUGUUGAUGACGGUAAAGGCCACGUAGCAGGGAUCAGAUCUGUGACUGUGAACUGGACGAAAGAUGAAACUGGACGCUGGAAAAUGGAGGAAGCUCCAGACUCGGAGAAGGUUUAUAAGUGUGACUUAGUGCUUCUUGCAAUGGGAUUCUUGGGGCCUGAAAAGUACAUUUCCUCUGAGCUUGACCUGACUCUGGACCCACGAAGCAACUAUCACACUCCAAGCGGUCGUUAUUGCACAUCAGUCCCAAAGGUGUUCGCUGCUGGAGAUUGUCGACGUGGGCAGUCCCUGGUCGUGUGGGCAAUAUCGGAAGGGCGGCAGGCAGCGCGUGAAGUGGAUGCGUUCCUCAUGGGUUCUUCAACAUUGCCUGGGCCUGGAGGUGUUAUUACCGUGAUUACCAAUAGUCAGAAAGGGUAAAGCAGUCAGGAUCGUGUACCUGCGAGGUAUGCUAGCCACUGUACGGUAAGUCCUGUGCUAGAUGGGUUGAUUUGUCGAAGGUAACUGGCCAAAUUUUUGUCUUCCAACUGGCGUGAGAAUGGAACAAGUGCAUUGAAAGCCAGUAGGUUUAGAAACCAAAAGGGUGUAAGUAACUCUUGAAGGUGAAUAUUGAAGGUUGUAUUAUUGCAUUGGAGGCCCACAUCUCAUUGGUUCUGUUUAAUGGUAUUUUGCUUGUGAUAUAAAUACUACAUAGCGAGCAGCACAAUACAGCUGUCUGUAUUCCUAGACCUUGUUACUGUAGAAGCAUUUGCUAUAUUACACAAAAAUGUAUUUCCAACAUUCAUAUUAUGUGUUGACAUUUCAAUUUCAUUUAUGAAUAUGAAGUUUAAAAUUCGUUAUAUAAAGUUAUGAUAAAUUUUACUGAUUCACUUAUUGAAUGUACAGUAUACAGUAGUAUCUGAUAGUUAAGAUACAAAGUGUUUCAACAGGAUUAAGUGUAUAGUGCCCAGUAUGUAAUUCCAGAGGCUGAGUCUUAGAAUUGCCUUGAUAGGCUAUGGAAACAUUGUCCACACAUUUUACUUCUUCAUGUAAUGGUAUACUAUGACUGUAUUUUGAUUUUUAAAAAUAUAAUGAUUUCAGGGAAGUUUGAGUAGCUGUUGUAGUGGGAAAUAAAACACCAAAUACAUAAUGAAAAUAAAGGCACUGUUGAAUUGUAUUAAAUGGCAAGUUAAUGAGAUGAAAUAAAUUGAAGAAGGUAUAA